CGUCGCGCCCAAGGCGGAAGUGAUUGCAUUUGGGUUCAGCAGCUGUGAUGAGCCAGAGAAGGAUGUGGAAACAGAGAAAUAACGGUCCUCUGCUGGCUUUUUAACGACAAAACCACUUUCAUACGCGGAUAAAGAGUCCGACUGAGCCGACGAUAUGAAUUUAGCGGGAUUUUUGUCGGUUUUCUGGGUGAUUUCGUCGGUCGGAGCAGCGAAGAAAGAAGGGGAGGAUGACUGGGUUCAUCUUCCUAACAAAUGUGAAGUGUGUAAGUUUGUCAGCAUCGAGAUGAAGUCGGCGUUCCACGAGACGGGGAAGACCAAAGAGGUGAUCGACAGGAACUACAACUUCAUAGACAGCAAGGGGGCGCCGCCGAUCAAAUACAACAAGUCAGAUUUGAGAUUCAUCGAGGUUGUAGAAAAUGUGUGUCAGAGGCUGCUGGAGUACAAUCUGCACAAAGAGAGGACCGGCAGUAACCGCUUUGCCAAGGGCAUGUCAGAGACGUUCUCCACCCUUCAUGGUUUGGUGAAUAAAGGCGUGAACGUGGUGAUGGAUAUUCCCUACGAGCUCUGGAACGAGACGUCAGCAGAAGUGGCCGACCUGAAAAAACAGUGUGAUGUGUUGGUGGAGCAGUACGAGGAGGUGAUCGAGGAUUGGUAUAAAGGGAGCCAGGAAGAAGACCUGACCAUGUAUCUGUGUGACAAACAUGUUCUCAAAGGACAGGACAAAGCCUGCCUGAGUGAGGACUGGACUCCACAGAAACAUAAGAAAGGAGACCAGGCCGCCAUCGCGGAGGACAAGAAGAAGAAGAAAAAGAAGAAGGGAGGGAAGAAGGAGGGAGGAGAUGGCGGCUCGGAGGGAGAGAAGGCGACCAAGAAGAAGAAGGAGAAGAAGGAGAAGAAGGUGAAGAAGAAGAAAAAGAGCAAAGCUCCGGUGGAGAAGACGGACGGAGGCGUGUCGUCCGACGAGGAGAUCCAGCCACAGGUGCCUCUGCCUGGGCAGAAGACGGAGCUGUGAGCCCUGGUUCUGGUUCCUGGUUCUGGUCCGGACCUCCUGAACAGAAGUAAACUCUUAGUAACAGCAGCUUCUCUCUUCAAUUCUUCCAGUCUGACUGACUGAAUCUGUUGGGUCAGGUCUGGUACUGUUACAUGCAGUCUGUUAACGGGCUCGGGUUUUUCAAAUUGAGGUUAAUUUUGAUGGAACUUGCAGAAAUGUUACCUUUGCUUCCCAGUUAAAUCCAUUUCAUUCCAACCAAGUGUUAUGUUUGUGUUUUUGGCGGUUGUUUCUAUCAGUUAUGACACAUUAUACACUCAAUCAACUAAAUUAAACAAUAAUAUUAUUAUAUUUGGCUGGUUUAUAUGAUUGUCGGUCUACAACUAGACCAAUCAUUACAAUUAUUUUGAGUUUUGAUUAAUUAUUUAGUCUAUAAAAUGUGAAAGAAUGGAGGAAAAUGCUCAUUUUUAUUUCCCAUAAUCCAAAGUGAUAUCUCCAAACUCAAAUUUAUUUAAUUAUUGUUAUAUAGAGCUACAUGAUUAAUUGAUUUGUGGGUUGAAAGAAAAAAAAUUGCCAAAUUCUUUCAUAAUCUAUGAAUCGUUCCAGUCAUAUUUUAAGCAAAAAUGUAAAAAAUGUUCUGGCUCCAGCUUGUUAAAUGUGAGGAUUUGCUGCUCUUCUUGGUCAUUUCUGACAUUAAAUGAAGACUCUUUGGGUUUUGGAUUGUUGGUUUGACAAAAGAAGCAACGUGAAGACGUCACUUGUGUCUCUGGGAACGUUUUUUUGGGGCAUUUUACUGACUAAAUGAUGAAAAUGUUUGGCAGAUAAACUGUCAAUAAAAAUAAUCAUAUAAACCACAGAACUACAGCAAAUCUUCACGUUUGUGAAGACGAUUUAAAUUAAUCAUCUUUGAGUUUUGGACUGAUGGUCUGACGACGAUAACGAAAGUGAUCUCAAGAUGUUGCUGCUGGAAAGGUGAUGGGAAUAUUUCCACCAUUUAUUAACAUUUUAUCAACUAAAUUAUUUAUCACUUGAUUGAGAAAUGAUUAACUGCAUCAGAGGUUGGAGUCUUGAACACACCAACACUGGAUUCAUCUGUGUUGUUGGACAGUUUUAACAACCUGUUGGUUGUUUCUAACUGAGGAACACAAAUCAGUGCACUGAUGUUAUUUUGGAAAAAUUGACGCUGAAGGGAAUUUUUUUUCUUUCUUUCUUUCUUGCAGCUUCAUACUGUAUCACCUCCUAAUGUGAAUGUUUGUGUUUGUUUUUUUGUCUUGUAUUUACUUAAAUAUUGAUUCCACCUGAAAACUGGGGACCUUUUUAUUAAUUUGUUUUGAGUUAAUUUAUUUUUUAUUUUUACCUUUGGAAAUGCUCCGAUUGUGCUGCCUGACAUGUUUAGGACUCCUGUUCCUGUUUAUAAAACAUACAUUGCAAUAUCUCAGACAUGUUUUAUAUCAGUAAAGGAAACCAGACCAGAUAAUUUCGUUUUCCAUGUUUCCUUUUCAAGUCUCACAUUCGGUGAAAUUCCCCUUUAAUGAGUAAAUGCAACAUGAGGUACCUUUAUUUUUAAAUGUCACUGAUUUGUGUUUCUGUAAUUGUUUCAUUUUUAUAAUUAGUUUAUUGUUUGUGUCUCUGUGUGUGUGGGUGAGCUUUACAAAAGCUGCUAUUUAAGCUGUGUGUGUGUGACUGUGUGUGCUUGUUGUCUCUCGAGCUGAUGAUGGUUUGUUUGUGUGUGUCUGUGUGUGUUUUUUGCAUCUGUGAGUGUGUGUGUGUGUGUGUGUGUGUGUGUGUGUUUUUACAGAUUUUUAUUCUGAAGUAAAACGCUGGCUGUGUUGUAUUGGAAAUGCUUUUUGAAACCGUGAGCAGACACACGAGUGGAUCAAUAAACACAGGUUGGAAAACUCUGUAAAAGCAGCGAUAAUGACUGAUCAUUUCCAGGCUUUAAGUGUUCUUUUUGUGUUUGAAAGUGUCUGCUACAGUCUCAGAGUGCCUCACUACAGCUGCAUUAUCAAUAAAGUGAAAUAACAGCAA